AUAAUCACCCUCUCUUCUCUUCCUCCGCCGCCACCCACCCACCACCACCACUAAAAAUGCCUUCUUCUCCACCAUUCCUCUUCCCAGAAGUUCAGUCCACAGUCCUACCAGAUCCAUCAACAUUCUUCUCCCAAAACCUCCUUCAAUCUCCACUCCCAACCAACUCUUUCUUCCAAAACUUUGUUCUCAAAAACGGUGACCAACAUGAGUACUUCCACCCUUACCUCAUCAAAUCCUCUAACUCUUCUCUUUCUGUCUCUUACCCUUUUCUCUUAUUCUCUGCUGCCAUGUUGUACCAGGUUUUUGUCCCUGACAUCACCAUCUCUUCUUCUACUCAAAAAACAACCACCCCAACAAAAAAAGAUCAUGUAAUCUCAUCCUAUAGUGAUCUUGGUGUCACUUUAGACAUACCCUCUUCCAAUCUAAGGUUCUUUCUUCUUAAAGGAAGUCCCUUUAUAACCGCUUCUCUUACAAAACCAACUAGUCUCUCUAUUACAACACCACACUCCAUUGUUUCCUUGUUUCCUUCCAAUGAUGACAAAACCAAGUACACUCUUAAGCUCAACAACAAUCAGACGUGGAUCUUUUAUACAUCUUCUCCAAUAGCAUUGUAUAACAAAGGCUCCAAGAUUUUGUCGAAUCCGUUCUAUGGAAUCGUUAGAGUUGCAGCAUUGCCUGAUGAUUCUAACAACAACGGUUCAAACUGUGGGGAAAUACUUGACAGGUUCAGUUCUUGUUACCCUGUCUCUGGUGAUGCAGAUAUCAAGAAGCAUUUCAGGGUUGUGUAUAAAUGGCAGACGAGAAGAUCCGGGGAGCUUCUAAUGCUGGCUCACCCUCUUCAUCUCAAGCUUCUCAAACAGAACAAUAAUAAUGUUACUGUUCUGAAUGGUUUCAAGUACAGAAGCAUUGAUGGAGAUCUUGUUGGUGUUGUUGGUGACUCAUGGGUUUUGGAAGCUCAGAAUGUUCCUGUAACAUGGCAUUCAAUCAAAGGUGUGGAAAAAGGUUCAUACAAGGAGAUUGUUUCAGCACUUAACAAAGAUGUUAAGGAGCUGAAUUCCUCAAAUUUGAACACAACUUCAUCAUAUUUCUAUGGGAAACUGGUUGGCAGAGCUGCAAGAAUGGCACUAAUAGCAGAAGAAGUGUCUUAUCCCAUUGUGAUUCCCAAAAUUGCUAAGUUCCUAAAGGAAACCAUUGAGCCAUGGUUGAAAGGAACACUCAAAGGGAAUGGCUUUCUGUAUGAGAGAAAAUGGGGUGGACUUGUUACACUACAAGGGUCUAAUGAUUCAGGUGGUGAUUUUGGUUUUGGUGUUUAUAAUGAUCACCAUUACCAUAUAGGAUACUUCAUUUAUGGAAUUUCUGUUCUUGCAAAGAUUGAUCCUGAUUGGGGACAAGAGUACAAGCCACAAGCCUAUUCACUUGUCACUGAUUUCUUGAACUUGGGGCCAAGAUUCAAUGCUAAUUAUCCGCGGUUGAGGAUGUUUGAUCUCUACAUUCUGCAUUCUUGGGCUUCAGGAGUGACCGAAUUCGAGGAUGGAAGAAAUCAAGAGAGUACUAGUGAAGCUGUGAAUGCAUACUAUGCAGCAGCAUUGAUGGGGCUAGCGUUCGAGGACUCGCGCCUUUUUGAUACCGGAUCAACCCUCUUAGCAUUGGAGAUCCAAGCUGCACAAACAUGGUGGCAUGUGAAAUCGGAGGACAAUUUGUAUGAACAAGAUUUCUCAAAAGAUAAUAGAAUUGUUGGGAUUCUGUGGUCUAAUAAGAGGGACACUAAGCUAUGGUGGGCUUCAGCGGAUUGUAGAUAUUGUAGGCUUAGCAUACAAGUGCUGCCAUUGUUGCCAAUCACUGAACCUUUGUUCUCUGAUGGUGUUUAUGCUAAGGAGCUUGUUGAAUGGACUUUACCUUCUUUGAAGGGUAAAACAAAUGUAGAAGGUUGGAAGGGUUUUACCUAUGCAUUGCAAGGGAUUUAUGAUAAGGAAAAUGCAUUGAACAACAUUAGGAUGUUGAAGGGGUUUGAUGAUGGUAACUCAUAUACUAAUCUCUUGUGGUGGAUUCAUAGCAGAUGAAGAACAAUUCUUGGACAGGAUCAUUUUUGCUCACUCCAAGGAAAAAAAAUGCAUUGAAAUCUUCUUAUUUUUUCCUGUAACAAGUUUUAAAUUUCUGUUAUUUAUGGAAGUCCAAAUCAAUUUUUUCACUUCUUUCUGUUACAGUGCAACAUUGAGUUUGGUUUUCAAUAAGAUUUGAUUGUUUACAAUGA